AGGCUCGAUAUUCCUAUGGCCUAUGGGGUUAUUAUCAAUAAGUAUGAAGAAGAUAUCAGCAAUAGAAACGCUAUCGCUAUUUCCCUUGAUGGCCACCGCCUUACAGCCGAUAUUGUUAUAGAUUUAGAUAAUAUCAGGGCUAAAUCUCAGUGGAUAAAGUCUAACAAGUUAUGUGUGCCGUUUAUUUUGCUUGUCAUUUUCCUGUUUGUUUUAGGCAUUCAAACAUCUUCUAAGCUCUUAUAACUUAGACCACAGCUCCAUCUUAGUUUCUUUUCAAACGACACUUCUAACUUAUUAUAGU